AUGAUGAAAUACCCUCCUUUCGUGGGCGGUCUGAGUAAAGAUGUUGCACGUCAAAUUUUACAGAGCCAAUUGCCAGUAUUCAUUAAGGGUAUUGCAUCUGAAGUUGUUGACAGAGUGUACAAGGAGUACAUGGGGAAUGCAGAAAGCCCUGCUCAGGUCCGAGAUGGCCUCCUGGAUGCAAUUGGAGAUGUCUUCUUUGUCGUCUCAUCUGUGGAAGUGGCCAGACACCACAGGGAUGCUGGCAACCCAGUCUACUUUUAUGAAUUCCAACAUCGACCAAGUUCAGUGGAAGGUGUGGUACCCGAGUUUGUCAAAGCAGAUCAUGGAGCUGAGAUUGCCUUUGUCCUUGGAAAGCCAUUCUUAGCUGGAGAUGCUACAAAAGAAGAAAAUAAACUGAGCAGAACUGUUAUGAGAUACUGGACCAACUUUGCUAAAAAUGGAAAUCCCAACGGAGAGGGCUUGGUCCAUUGGCCCCAGUAUGGCCUGGAGGAAAAAUACCUGGGAAUAGACCUGGAGCAAAAGGCAGCAGAGAAACUGAAAGAACACAGAGUGCAGUUUUGGGCACAACUCAUGAAACAAAGUCAGACUGAAAGGAGAAAACACACAGAUUUAUAAGAGCUGUGGAGGGUUCAGUUUGCUUUUAAAAGCCAAAGGAAAGUCAAACAAAAUGAGUUUGUCAGGAUGCAGAGUAAUAAUCACCUUUUAACUCAUUGUUGUCCUCUGCUGUCCUAAUCUCAAUGAAAGUAGAGAAACAAAGGCCAUUUGGAAUGUUUGUCAGACUAAAAAUCACUAUUUAAUGAAGCAAGCAGAAACCCCACCGAGUCUUUCCGGGUCCAAACAGACCAUGGUACCUCCUCAGUGCAUAUUAAAGCUGAAUAAUGAGCUGGGAAUGGGCAAAUGAACUGAAAUCUGUAAGAAAUUGUUGGAGUCUGAGACACAG